AUGGAAGAUGCGGAAGCUUGUCGUGAUGCCGAAACGGAAAUUAAGAAUUGUUCGUCGAUUGCUAAAGCUAUUAGUGAUAAAAAGGAAGCAGAAUCACUUAUUCAAGAGCUGCAAAACGAAUCAAUUUUAAGUGAUGUAAUUUUGAAUCAUGCAUUGGAGGAUGCUGAAAGAAAUACUGAACAACAAAAUCGUAGCAGGGAUGCGUCUCCAUAUCGAGAAUGUGAAGAAGUUAGGUCACUGGCGAGUGGAAAUCAGAUAGCACAGGAUUCACGCGAUGAAUUACUUGAAGUAUCACCACCUGCAUCAGUGCACAAGAUUCGUCGUCGUACAGCUACACCAAGUGAAUUACUGUAUCCGUUGAAGGAAUCAUUACAAGGUCAGGUUACUAAUAAAACGCGUUUGGAGCAACUCAACGAAGAAACUCCAUCUGUAAGCCAACAGCUAAUCGAGAAAGCGAGAUCACUGGAACAUUCUGUUGAAGGUGGACGACCUUUAGAACUCAGUAGUGUAAGUAGUAAUGUUGGUAUGGAAGCGAAAAAUGAAACAACGAAAUUGAUGGAUUUGGAAUUGGAUGAUCGAGGUUCCACUGAGUCGUCGCCAUCUGGUCGUGGUAGCCGAAGAAGAUCCGGCCGUGUAAUACCGUAUGUUCCUCGGACAUUAACAGGGACUCGUGAUAAAGUAACAGGUUCACGUUUACUAAUACGGACACACACCUUGGAUGGACAUACUAGAACAGUACUUUCGGUAGACACUAAUGGUGAUAUGGUAAUCAGCGGCUCAAAAGACAGAACAGCGAAAGUAUGGGAUUUGGAAAAAAGUGUCGAGAAAUGUACGUUUGGUCACCAUCCCAAUAAUGUUUCAUGUGUACGUUUCAUUCCCUCCAGCCAGUUAGCUUUGACUUUAUCCAUGGCAUUCGUUCGUAUUUGGGAUUUGAGAAAUGAGGAGUGUGUACGUACUCUGCAUUCGUCAGGUCUCGCUGCUGCAGGUGAUACUAUGGCUGCGAAUACACCUCGACAAACUGUAUUACCCAUUUCCGAAACGAUGAUCAAUGCACUAGAACUGGACAACACGGGGAAACUUAUGUUUACAACCUUCAACAGCGAUGUCCGUAUUUGGAAUUUGGAAAAGUUUGCACCAUUCGGUCGCUUAUCGGCAGCGACUCAUGGCUCGAGAUCAGAGGUGUCAUGCCUUGGAUUUUUGGGUGGUAUAAGACCGAAAAUUUUCACUGGUUCUCGUGAUCACUAUAUCAAGAUGUAUGAAAUAAAUGCUGAUGGAUUAGGUCUUUUUGAAGCUUCUCAUGAAUUUUCGGCAGCCCACUAUGAUUGCGUUACAUCCAUUGUCGCUUAUGGUGAUUCCGUAUUUUCUGCUUCUAGAGAUACGGACAUUAUGCGUUUCUCAUUGCAAGAUAUGAAAAGAGACCAUAUCGAAUUACAGGCACACAAUAAAUGGAUUCAAUCCAUGUGUAUUAUCGAUGCUUACAGGCCUUUAUUAGUUACAGCUUGUAAGGAGGGUCGAGUAAAAGUGUGGGACAUUACAAGUACACGUAAAUUACGUCUCGUUGAUCAGAUUUCCCAUGCUCAUGAAGAAGCGAUCAACGAAUUGGCAACUCAUUCAGGCAUCCUUUUUACUGCUUCUAGUGAUACGACUGUCGCCCUCUGGCAAUCUAAUUAUGAAUGA